AUGAUAGAGAAACGGGCAAAGACACUCGAUGGUGGUGAUGACUCCUUCAACACUUUCUUCUCCGAAACCAGCGCUGGCCUCCGAGCUGUCUUCGUCGAACUCGAACCCACCGUCGUCGAUGAGAAGCCAAAGACCUGGGACGAAGCGUCAUCGCCAGCUCAGAAUUACGUCGUGAGAAAGAGAGAACCAAUUAUCGCCGCAAGUUCGAGCUCGUAUGAUUCUGUCUCCUCAUUAUUCACGUUGAUAACGAGACCAUCUACGAUUCUGACGACGAAGCCUGGACAUCGAGCGGUCUUCUUACAACAACGUUAA